AUCGACAGCGACGCUAGCGGCGGCAACAGCACACCAGCCAGAGCAGCAAGAGUGCGGUCAGUCUGUGUGAAGGUGUUCCAUCGACGAUCAGUCCAGUGCGACUCUGAAGCUGUUUAUCGGGACCGACGGCAUUCCCUGCGCUGCGAUAAGCUGUAAAACGCAGGCGACCCUCGCUGCCUCCCCUUCUCGUCCUCGCAGCAGAUCUCAAUCGCGAGCGAUCGACACCUUUCGCCGGCAUCGGUCCAAACCGAAACUGAAGCUGAAACAGGAGCAUACCCGGUUCGAGAGCGCCGCCCCUGCAGAAUCCAUAUCGAGUCCAGGCACAUUUGAGCAAUGUCUUCAUUCGCUCAGCCAGGAAUGACCGCUCCAGCUCAAUGGACGCCGGAGCAGAUUGCCUACUAUAACUCCCCCGAAUACGCCGAGUGGUAUGCUCAGAACUAUCCGCAGCUGGCGUCGAGGCCCCAAACUCCUCCUCCAGGGAGCUACGGCACUUAUCCGUCGGCAUACUCCUCGCAACCGCAAGCAUCGAUGCAACCGUACCCGGCGUAUGCCUCGCAACAGUACUCCAACAUUGCCGAUCAAGCAUACCAGGCCUACUACGCUGGAAGCUACCAGGGCUAUGCCGCCGGACCUGGGCCGUCGCAAGCGGCGUAUCCGGCAACUCAGCAGCAUCCGUCACUAGCACCUCCAGGCUACCCUCCGUCACAACCUGCUCCGGUUUACGCCCCUCAACAUUCCGCUCCAGCCUAUAGUGCGCCGCAACCCCAAGCCCCUAGCCAUAAGCCGCCCGUCGUGUCCAAUCCAAAGAAAACCCCUGCUGUUGCAAAGCACACAUUCACGAAGCCUGCUGCAACCAAGCCCGCGUAUAUCUCAGUCAAGAGUCGACCAGCGACCGGAAAGGUGGCUGCGGUCUUCCAAGAAAGUACUGCAGACGACUCUUCCAGUAAAUCAGCAUCCUCCGGCCCCUCUGAAAGCGGAUCGAUCCCUCCAACUCUCAGGGACUAUGUGAAUCGUGUCUACAGUGCGUGUACGGAUGGAGCACUGCGGGAAAAAGCCAACCAGGAACUUACGGCUUUGAUUGAAGGAAUCAAUCACCGCAAAGCGAUGUGGACGACCGACUGGGAGAAUAUGCCUCUGCCAAAAUGCUUGAUGGACCUCAAAGCCUUACCAAAGGAUGGGGGUUCUCCAGUCGCUGCCUCGUCGCCUUCACCGGCAUCAUCAAAGAAGCGCAAGAAGCAUGGUGUUCAGGACGCAAAUAAAAGCUUCGAGUCACCCAAGCUCACGACCAAGGAUUUUGCUCCUUCUGUGGAGGAUUUCAACGAGCAGACCAAACGGGAACAGCGAGCCAAGCGAUUCCAGGAGUCGUAUGAACAAGAGAAGCGGCAAACGAUCCAGAACCAGACCAUCAGCAAGCGUGCUAAGAUGGCGGCCAUUAGCGCUGGUGCUGAGGGCAACCCCGACGUUAUCGACUGGGACGAGCACACGAUCGUGGGGACCAGCACUCAGCUGGAGAAGCGGUAUCUUCGGCUGACAUCGGCCCCGGAUCCUGCGACUGUUCGGCCACUCCACAUCCUGAAACAAACCCUUGAGCUGCUACUGAAGAAAUGGCGGAGCGAGCGCAACUACACUUACAUUUGUGAUCAGUUUAAAAGUUUACGACAGGAUCUGACUGUGCAGCGCAUCAAGAACGAGUUCACGGUGACUGUGUAUGAAAUGCAUGCUCGGAUAGCGCUGGAAAAGAGUGAUCUGGGAGAAUACAACCAGUGCCAAGCGCAGCUCAAGCAGCUCUACGAGCACGGUCUCCCUGGGCAUGUCGACGAAUUCAUGGGAUACCGGAUACUCUAUUUUGUUCACACGAUCAAUCGGCAAGGUCUGUUCAACGCGAUUUCGAGUCUGACUGACGCCCAGAAAGCGUCCGAAUCCGUGAGACACGCCCUUGCAGUCCGUUCAUCGAUAGCGAUAGGAAACUACCGCCAACUCUUCCGACUCUACCUCGAGGCACCCAACAUGAGCGGCUACCUCAUGGAUCAAUUUAUCGAUCGUGAGCGUAUCAGGGCCAUGAAAGUAAUCUGCAAGGCUUUCCGGCCGGAUAUUCCAGUGCAAUAUCUCACUCAAGUUCUGGGGUUCAGCCAUCCCGACAACGAAGCUCCCGACGAUGAGGAAACACGCUCAUGUCGCCAGUGGCUGAUCCUGAAAGGCUGUAUCUUUGCAAGCAACAACGACUAUGCCCGCGGUGACGUUGAUGCCAAGCUCUCCAACUCAGUCUUUGCCGAACUCGAGAAGGCCAACUCAAGCAAGGGCGUUGACAUCAAAGGACAAAUCCACUAAGGGCGUCCUGUGUCGCGAGAUCCGGAUGCUGCCCCGAAUCAAACUUGGCCCUGCGACAUGGUACAUCAGCCACAAAGCCUCGCAACUGCCCCCCCCCGGCACCAAGCACAACUCAAGCCAAACACACACCCGCACACGGUGGGAGGGCGAGAGAGUGAGGAAGGACCAACCCGGAUGCCACAUGUCACUUUUGCGUGCAAGGAGCCAAGUUUGGUGUGUCAAGGCUUUGGGAAAGGCGGAGAGAGCGGACGAGCGGCGUUGCGGCUGUCGUGGGAAUGCUUUGCGGAUUUGCAUGGGCAUUGUCGGUGACGAUGAGGUUGGGCGUACUGUGGAGGUCCCAGCCAGCAGUGUGCCUGAGGAGUUGGAGAGAUCCAAGAGAUGGGCCAUCAAUACAGCGCUUCUGAGCCGGGACAGGCGGGCCACUUUAAGC